AUGGCAGAGCCACGUGUUGGGCUGCUGUGGGACUUGGAUGUGGUCAGAUGCCAGCUGGCACAAGCAGACGUGAUGAGGAUUCGCGAUCUGGCUGAUUCAAGUGGUGGUGCUACAACCGCUGCUGCUACAGCCGCUCGAGCGACCACCUCUCGUGCUUCCACAGCCACUGGUGCUACAGCCGGUGGUGGUGGUCCCAAGCCCUUCUUCUGGUGGUGCUGCUGGCAGUGCAGCGCGUGUUGGGCCGCCUACCGCCGCUGCCUCGCCAUGGUCGUAUUCCUCGUGCUUAUAGCGAGGCUUCCCCGUGCAGUCACACUCUGGCGCCUGCACAUGAGGUCCUGCUACAAUGUCCUCCCCGCCCUGGCGAAUCUGCUGAACGCGGGGAGGCAGAUCAAGGGGGUGGGGGGAAGGCAGGCCGAGAGGCAGACGAGUAGGCAGGUGGGUAAGGGGGGAGGGAAGCAGGCGAGUGGAAAUGCGGAGGAGGAUUGCUUUGGAUCGAUCCUGGUGCAGGUGCUUGGGGUGAAAGGGAAGAAGGAACUGGAGUCGGGCUUUGCUGCUCAUGUGCUGCCGCUUCUGCCGGGGGGGAGACGGGCGCAUGGAGGUAUGAGAGGGGGGGCGGGGAGUGGAGGAGGGGGAGGUGGAGGAGGAGGGACUGGUUCAGUGAAAGGAGAAGAGUGGAGGGAGGGGUUGAGAGGGGUGGAGUGGGAUGAGUAUGUGGAGCAGAUGGGGGAGAUUAUCUCCCAUGGAGGGCUGGAAGCUGAACAGUACAGGUGCAGCUGCAGGCAGUGCGGACGAGAACACGAGGGCGCAGGGGGGAGUGGGGAUAGUGCUGCUGGUAAUGGUGGUGGUACUGCGAGUGGCAUGGUCAUAACUGGUGUUGACCCGACUGACUUUGCUCUCCGAGCUGCGUUCGCACUCUGUAUGCCGCGCUUUGCCAUCUACGGCGUUAUGGCGUUUACCGGGGCGUGCAGUAACAGGUACAAAGAUCGUGUGGAGGACGCUGCUGUGGAGGCAGCCAGGCAGCAGCUGGCAGAGAGGCUCGCAGAGAGAGCAGAGGAGUCUGGAAAGGGGAGUGUGGUGGAGGGGGGAGAAGGAGUUAGCAGUGAGAACAAAGCGGAUGAUCUCAAAUCAGAGAAGCUAGCAACAGCAACAGCAGGAGGAGGAGGGAUAGCAGCAGCAGCAGUUUCUUCCCCUUCUCCCCGUCCUGCUCCAUCUGCUGCUGCUCCCCCUGUUGCUGCCACCGGUGCAGCAAGCAGAGCUGCCCGCCUCGUGCCAGUCAUCAGUGACCCAGCAGUGACACUCUUCACGUACCGAGCUGCCUGUAUCCUUCAGUGGAUGCGCGUUCAAGGCCCCAGGCUCAACCCCCCCAGCUACUGCACCCGAACCAACCCGGAAGCCCCAGCCCUGGCGCUCCCGCACCCGGCGCACGAUCUCCCGAGCCUGCUGGUCAGGUUCGGCGCCAUCCCCAAGCCGGUGGGCGCGGCAGAAGGUUUGGCGGGUUGUGGAGGAGGAGUUUGGGGGUGGGAGGAGUUCCCAGUGGGGGACAGAGAUGCUCUGAAGGCGCAUGGCUGUGGCCCUGCCCUGGGAGGCACGGAAGGGUUUCCGGGAUCUGUGUUUGACUGGGAGGAGAUGCUGAAGGAAUUCAAUGUGGUGGCUGCACAGGGUCUGCAGGAACAUGGGGCAGUGAGAAGCGCAGCCACCACGAGCGCAGCAGAGGGCGUGCAGGAGUAUCGAGCUGCUAGGGCUCUGAUUGACAGCAGCACACACACUCCCGCGUUUCCGACCCUCGCGGACCGCGUCGAGGAGUUUCUGAGAAGGUUCUCGCCAAAGCGGCAGGCGAAGGAGGGGCGUGGCGGGCCACUGGCCCGAGCAAUCACCGACUCGGUGCUACGACUCCACCUGGUGGGGGCAGAGACUAGCAGCAGCGGUGUCAGCAGCAGCAGCAGCAGCAGCAGCAGCACUAGCAGGGGAGUAAAGGGAGGGAAAAGGGAUAUGAGCUGGGCGGCGCUGGCCCUGGGGGUGUAUUCCCCAGGCAAGUUAAAGCCCAUGCUGAGAUCCCCCCGGGAGGUGGAUGCGUUUCUGGAGUUCAUGGCGGCCAUGACCACCCUCACGCCCGCCUGCAACGCCUGCCAGUUCUGUCUCAACGUGUUCAACCAGUCUGUCACCCCCGCCGCCAUUGUUGCCUCCUUCGCCUUCCGCCCCUCCUCGGCGCUCCUGCGCUGCUUCCUCUCGGUCUACAGCCAGCACUCCUCUCAGCACUCCCCUCAGAGGAGGGAGCUCCUGGACACGCUCGGGAUCCCCCCCUUGCCGGACCUGCUGCCGGACCGGCUCGUGGCUCCUCUUCUCGAAGGCGUGGUGGAGCACAAGCGCCUGCACUUCCUCUACACCGCAUCCAUGCUUCUGUACUGGAACAACGGCGAGAUGCAACACAUGGAGAUGAGCAAAACACAUGGGGCGCUGAGGACGGAAGAGGAGCUGAGGGAGUUGGAGGGGAGCGGGUGGGAGGGGAAGGAGGAGUGGCUGAUCCGGGAGGAGGUGGACACGUGGCGCAACGCGCUGUUCAGAUCGUGGCCUGUCUUUGAGCUUUCACGUGAGGCAGCGCUAAGCUGGGCGUGGUCUGGGGAGGAGGAGAGGGUGAGGGAAUGGUGUGUGGAGAUCAGGCAGAAGGAGAGGGAGUUUGAGAAGAUCAGUAGGUGGAAGGAGAGGGUUCUAGUGGAUAAGAUGCAUGCUGCUGCUGCUAGUACAGCUGGUCCCGCUGCUGCUGGGGGUGAGAGUGAGGUGGGAGGCGGGCUGAAAAUCGCGCCUGCGUACCUAGUACCGUGGGUGGGGGGGGUGAACCCGUUUGCAUGCCUGCGGGAGAUGCUGCUGGGGGAGACGUGCUACUGGGAGCUCUCAAACGGGCGGAGGGUUGGGGUGAAUAACUACGGGCGAAUCGACUCGCCCAGCGAUGACAUCCGUGUAGCCAUGGCGAAGAACGCGAGCAAGGCGGGAAGUCCUACCGCCGCCUCCAGUGCGAGCUGUGACGGGGACGACGGAGACGAAGCAAACGGCGACGACGCCGAGGAGGAUUGGCCGGAGAACGGCCACGACGACAGCGCUUCGGGCGACGAAUUAGGUCCUGCCGACAUCGAGGAGGACGAAUGGUGGAAUCGGCCGGUCGGGAGCGACGACGAGGUGGAAGAGUGGCGGGCUGGUGAUUCCGACAACGACGGAGGUGAAGAUGCGCAUGGUGACAACGCGGAGGCAGCGGCGGAUGCACAGGAAGCGGCGGUGGAUGCGAAUGAGGUGGCUGACGACGAGGCGGGGGCGGAACUUGAGACAAUUGCGCCUGCGGAUGCGGCCGCAAUUGCGGAUGCGGAUGCUGUGGCGGAGUCGGACAAGGUUGCUGCGGAUGCCGUCUUAUUUGACGAGGAAGGCGGCGACGACGACCCAUGGAGCCUUGGGACCGACGACGACAUUCCGCUACUGAAGCGGAGGUUGCGCCAUCGCCUACAGUCCAAGUCGAAGCGGGCCUGCGUGGUGCUCUCUGACGACAACGGUCCGGGGGAGGAGCGUCGCCCGAUACUCACCGCUGCGGAGAAGAGGAAAGCCAAGGUCGCGGAAGCCCCUGCUAAGGCCCCUGCUAAGGCCCCUGCUCGUCGCCGCACAAGCAACAAGAAGCGGACAUCCGACGGAGACCCGGGAUGCAGCAAGGGUGCAGCUAAGAAGAAGGCGAAGAAGGCGCCAAAUCCUGACGACAUCGUCGUGAACGAGAGGUUGGGCAGCGACGAUGAGUACGCGGCGGCGGCGGGCCCGAUUCCCACGUUCCUUGAGAAGCUGCGGAGACCUCCACACCCCGUGGUGCUGCAGUGGAUCGCGGAGGCUUGGGAUCAAGUCCCCAAGCAGAUCAUCAUCGACACGUUCCGCCACUAUGGGAUCUCGAGCAAGCUGGACGGAACGGAGAACCACCUGGUGAUGUCUCACCUGCGCGCCAGGAGCACCACCGAUGUCUCCGCGGACAUGUCCCUCGGGGGGAUCACAGGCGAGAACACGCGCCUGCUCGGUCGGGCUCCAGAGGAGGAGGAGGAGGAGGAGGAGGAGGAGGAGGAGGAGGAGGAGGAGGAGGAGGAGGAGGAGGAGGAGGAGGAGGAGGUGAUGCAGACGGAGGGCGUGCGGGAGGUGGCCGUGGCAACCGGCCUGGAGGUGCUGUACCAGGAGACCCCCAACUACCGCGGAGCGGCGGCCGAGGCUGACCGCAUGAUCGAGCCUAGGGAGAUGGCUAGGCAUGCCUGGCGAGUGCAAGACCUGGGUGUAGAGCCUGUUGUUAGUGCAGGUGAUGAGGCGGUGACUGAGGGGGGUUAG